UCCCAUUUUUCUUUCUCUCCAUUUUCUCCCACUUCACUGAUAGAUUUCACAAAUCAUCACCACCUACUUGUAUAUAUAGACUUUCAAAAAACACUCCCUCUCCCCCUGUUUUUCUGCAACUCACCGUCUUCCUACACCUUCUUAUAUCAAUCUUGGUCACCAUUUCCGCAACCCUGAGGCUGGUUUUUGUAGCCUCUGUUUAUGGUGUUCCUUUCGUGUCUAUGUGCGUUUCUGCGUGUGAAAACAUAUAGAUUCAUUUUUGUAUGCGGUUGCACGAGUCAAGGUCGAGUGUUUCUUUGCUGACACUUUGUUUGACAUAUGUUAACAGAAAUCAGUUGACCCUUUAGACCAUUAAGAGGAAUAGUUACAGAGUGAAAGAGGCAUUUUGAUGCCCGUUUUAUGGGAAUCUUGAAGUGGGAUUCUGUAUUCUUCGGCGAAAAGUUUUUGGAUUUUUACAGCCAUUUUUAGAUUCUUGAAGUGGGUUUUGAAGUUUGAACAUCGAAGUUGAGAUUUUUGCUGACUGAUUCUGAUGCUGAUUUUGCAUUGAGGGGAGGUGAACUUGUAGGGAAGGAGAUGAUGCAACAUAAAAGAAGCCCUGUCUCUCUUGAACAAAGUAACUUCAUGGACUUGAUGCCAAAACGAGUAAAACGGACUGGUGUCCCGCUCUCUUCCAAGGAAAAGAAAGAGAAGGUAAGCGAACGGAUUUCUGCUCUUCAACAGCUUGUCUCACCUUAUGGGAAGACGGAUACAGCUUCAGUCCUUCUGGAGGUAAUGGAAUAUAUAAGCUUCCUUCACGAACAGGUUAAGGUACUGAGUGCUCCAUACCUAUGUAGCACACCAACCCAAUCACAGGACGACGAAACAUAUAGCCUCAGAGCCAAAGGCCUGUGCCUCGUGCCUAUCUCAUUCACCGUUGGAGUUGCAAGCAGUAAUGGUGCGGAUAUAUGGGCACCGAUCAAGACGAGUCUCCCCAAUUCCAGACAAUUGGUUGUGGACGAAGCUUCUGUGAUAACUCAGGGUUGAUUUGAGGGUCUCCAAGCAAUUAUGGGUCGUCCCGGAUGAGCCAGUUGAAGAACUGCAAUGCGGAAGCAUGGGAUGAUCUUGCAGCAAUGUACUCCAUGAUUAGUUUCUUGGCUAUAAAGCCGAAAUUUCGGGUACUUAGAAGGUAGUGAUAUGAGAUAACAGCGUAAUUCAGAUGCAGAAAAAAUGUGAAGUGAUGAGGGUGGAGAUGCAUCACAAUCUUCUCUCCAACUAAACUUUUGAACAUAAAACCAAUGGAUAUUUGUAGCAUCUCCAAUUGAAGUUUAAAUUACACAAAAAUUCGGAAAAAUAAAAAUAUUAUCAAAUGUCACUAGUAUUUGUUAUUUUAGUUAAUAAGUACAGUUGUUUGUUAUAUUAUCUGAUUUCCAUUA